AUGACUGUUGAGAAGUCCCGCAGUAGUUAUCAACUCGCUACAGCCUUGCAUCUAUAUAGUUGCGAUAGGGGCAUUCAUCAACGAGAACUACGCCCGCUAGCUUCAAACCCGACCGACUCGCUUGUACAAAUAGCCGCGAGAGUUUGUACACUUCUCUCGCCUUCAACUCAUCAACUCCCGAAUCAAUCUCAACCGACAAGCGUCUUCUUUUUCUGCUUGCAAGCUUGCACCGAAAACCAAGGACAGAAGGAUAGAUACUUUCAGAAACCUCUCCACGAAUUGGAUCGCUUCCUUUCUCUUGAACCUUUGUAGCUCGUCCUGUCCAGACAAGCAUUCAAGAAAGGGAUCUGUGUCUUUCUCCAUAAGCAGAACCCACCACCGCAUGCAGCGCAAACGUCAUUGGGAGACGAUUUUGGACUCCGGCGCGUCACAUGAUGGUCAGUCAUUAUCGAACUCAAGUGGACAACACCGAAGCAGUUCUUCUUCGCGCAACCACGACUCGUCAAGCAGCACGAGAAACUCAUCUAGCCGCUCAUCGCAACCGUCAUCCACCAGCCGGCCAGUGCCAAUCGCUCCCAACGGCCCCGUGUUAGAGGUGCUUGAUAAAGAGGACGAUUGUCGCUUCACAUGCCAAGUAGAAGGCUGCAACCAACGUUUCAAGCACCGGAGCUCAAGAAGUAGACACAAAAAGAAUAGCCACCCUUCACAUGCUGGGAGCCGCUCCAAAUCGAGUCAUCACUAGAAUUUUGGUUGCAGGGCAGAUCUAUAGGCUUGGUUGCUGUUGCUACCCCGCAUGUUCUAGUUGUAUAGGUAGUGUUGGUAAACCCGCGUCAUGUUUGUGAUGUUAGCGAAAUGCUUUAACUAAUUCUCAUUAUUCCGAACCUGACGUUUCUUUCAUUUGCCCAUCAAUAAAGAGAACAAGCCGCCAAA